UGAAAGUAGACUAUGCAGCACGUUCCUGGUGUGUAAGGCAAAUCGCAGCAAUUAUUUUUUUUCUUUUUGAAAUUUUUGCAUUUUUACAGGGAAAAACACAGUAUCAGAAUUUAGAAUAUUCAUAAGUCAUAUCUAAGCAGACCACUGCAGUAAAUUACUUCUAAGUGAAUUCUGAAGCUGAGGUAGAAGAAAAGGCUACUAGGCUAACACCAGACGACACGGGAGGAUCAGAUCGGAAAACCAUCGACACGCACACGAUACUGCAGAGGAUAAAGCAGUUUGAAUAAUAAAUAACAGUAAUACUGGUCUACUGUUUCUCCCAUUAAUAUGGAUUCAGUGGGAGUGAACGUUAUUGAAACUGCAGCUCUGGGGAGACCCUUUCAUCUGGGGAUGCUGUAUGACUGCAGAAAAGAUUCAUUAAUACCAGGAAUCACCCUAUGGGAUAAAGAGCAGCUGCAUCAGAGUAUACAGGAUCGUCCUCAAAUUAAUACAGUCUUCAAUGUUACAACUUCAGACUCCAUUGAGGAAAAAUCUCACCUACUGAACAUUGAUGGCUGUCUUAAAUUAAGCCUUUUAAGUGGACUCAUCAAUGUAAGUGGAGCAGCCAAGUAUCUCAGUGACACCAAGAAGUCAUUCAAACAGCAGAGACUGACCCUGCAUUAUCAUUCAACCACCAAGUUUGAAGAACUGACCAUGAACCACCUGGCUUCUGGAAAUAUUGCUCACUAUGAAGUGUUUGAUAAUGAUACAGCCACACACGUGGUGACAGCUGUGCUGUAUGGGGCAGAUGCUUGCUUUGUUUUUGAUAGAGAAGUUGCAUCAGAUGAAGACAAAAGCACAGCAGAAGGUGAAUUAAAAGCUGCCUUUGAUAAACUAAAGGGCAUUUUGGCGGGCGCACAGAUUGAUCUGAAAUUGAAUGAUGAGCAGAAGACUGCAGUUCAAAAAUUCAGUUGCAAAUUUUAUGGUGACUUCCAGUUACAAUCUAAUCCAGCCUCUUUUGAAGAUGCUCUAAACGUUUUUGCUGACCUUCCAAAACUGCUGGGAGAGAAAAAGGAACUUGCAGUUCCAUUGAGAGUAUGGCUUUUUCCCUUGGACAAACUACAUACACGUGCUGCAAAACUUCAAAAAGACAUCAGCCUAGGUCUAAUCAAAAAUGUUGAAUCAGUAUUUGAGAUUUUAAGUACAAUUGAAAUGAAAUGCAGUGAUCUUCUGAACGACACACCAUCUUUGGCUUUUGCUGGAUUUGGUGAUAAAAUAAUGCACAUGAAGCAAAACUGCUCUAACUAUAAAUUAAAUUUCAUAAAGAAAGUUGGUUCUUUGUUGCCAAAAAUCCGUGGGGAUAUAGAAAAGGAAACAGCGCUGACUGAGCUUCUGCAUGAUCAUGAAGAAGGUCCAUUUAGAGGAAGUGAUCUUGAGAAGUGGAUGAAAGAAAAAGAGAAGGAAUCUGGCAUAAUUAAAACACUUCUCAGGCAGCUGAUUGAUUCUGGAGCCACAGUGGAAGAGAACCUAGAUGAAAGUUUAAUGGAUCUGGAAGUUGAAAAUGUAGUUAGCUACACUUUUACCUCAUUUGAGUGGCCAGAUGUGCUCCUUUCUGAACAAAAGUCCUUCCUGGCUCCCGCAAGAAAAGAAAAUACGAAUGCACCUGAUUCCAGACAAAAUACUGGAUUCACUUCUGACAUCAAAAUGAUUAUGAGGAGCAACUUGAAAAGUUUUAAAAAUUUGAUAAAAUCAAAAACAUGUGAACCAGCAAAAUUUAUUGUUUCAUCAAAAGAGAUUAAAAACAUUCCAGGUUCCUGCAUUCUACUGUAUGAAAGUGGGUCUGAUGAAGCCACCUGUUUCACACCUCCCUCAAAACCAGCCAGUCCAGUUAUUCAACAGAUUAGUGGUCACAGUGUGGUUUUGAAGGUGUCUCCAGCAUGUUCUGUGACCAAAGAGCUCAGGUUACUGUACAAAAUGAAGGAAGAGAAAGACUGGAAAGCUCAGUCUGUGCUACAGAGCCUUGACACAGUUAAUCUGACAGAUCUCAGUCCAGACAUGGAGUAUGAAAUGAAAUGCGAAGCCGUGGGGAAGCUCAACUACACCGUUCACAGUGAUGUCAUCCACCUCAAAGUCAUAGACAAGAAACUCAUCAAUGCCACAGAGUCUGUCUUAGAAACACUAAGCUUGACUGAAAACAAGUGCAGUGAACUCAUGGACACCAACAGUGCAAUCACAUUCAGUGCAAUUCACAGGAAGAUUCAAGACAUGAAGAGAUACUGCCAAACCUACAGACAAGAUUUACAUAACAGAAUUAAAUCAAUGAUUAAGUCCAUUCAAGCUUGUGAAAAAGAUAUUAGUGCUCUGAUAGACCUUCUGCAAGCCCAUGAGGAGUCUCCAUUUAACAAAAGUGAUCUUACAGUGUGGCUCACAGUGAAAGAAAAGGAAUUAAAAGCAGUUGAUGUGUUUCUUCAACAACUGCGUGACUCUGGAGCUGAAGUGACUGAUAACUUAGACUUGUUUUUGUUAGAUAUUAGCAUAAAGAGUUUGGUGUGCUACACAUUUAGUUCUCUUGAUCUGCCAGACGACUUGCUUUCUGAUCAAGAACAUUUCCUGAAUCCUCAAAUGGUGAAGAGAAAUUCAGAGAAGAAACCCAAUGCAGGGUCUCAAACAUGGCUCACAGGAAGCAUUAGGGAGACCAUGAAAAAGCAUUUGAACAUAUUUAAAGAUCUAAUACUUUCAAAUGGAGAUCAGUCAACAGUAUUUUUGAUUGCUUCAAAAGAGCACACAAUCCAUCCUGGUUCCUGUAUUCUCUUCUAUGAGAAUGGAUCUGAUGAAGCCACUUGCUUUACUCCUCCAUCAGAACCAGCCUGUCCAGUCAUUCAACAGAUCAGUGGUCACAGUGUGGUUCUGAAGGUGUCUCCAGCAUGUCCUGCAACAGAAGAGCUCAGGGUACUGUACAAAAUGAAGGAAGAGAAAGACUGGAAAGCUCAGUCUGUGCUACAGAGCCAUGACACAGUUACUCUGACAGAUCUCAGUCCAGACAUGGAGUAUGAGAUGAAAUGCGCAGCCGUGGGGAAGCUCAACUACACCGUCAAUAGUGAUGUCAUUAGAGUUACUACACACACAACCAACAUCAGAGAGCUGUGGUCAAGGAGCACGACAUUUAAUAAUGUUAAAGUGUGCAUCUUUCGGACUGGAAAAACAAAUGGCUGUGAGAAGGAUUUUACUGACAUGCUACAAAGCAGAAUUGAGAAUGUGACAGAAGUUGGAUCAGUGGACGAGAGUAAUAUUAUUCUGGUUUUCUGUCCUAUUGUUUCCCGAGCUGGAACUGACAUUGACAAUGGACUUGAAAGAUUCAAUCACUAUGCAGAUACUAAGUUGGGAGUUCUAGUGGUGCUUCAUCACACGUUUGACCCAGAGAAAACGAUCCCAGACACCAGCAGAUAUGUCAACAGGACAGAUAUACUCACAGUGGACUGUCUGUUCAAUGAGGAUACAGGAUUACUGAAGAAUUGUCAGAAGAAUUUAGAUUCAUAUGACAAAGUUGAGACCUGGUUAAUACAGCAGGGGAGGCAAAGAGGUGUCAAAAAACAUCCUCGAGAAAUUAACCCAGGACAUACCCAAGAUGCACAACAUGAAAGAUGCAAAUUAAAUAAGAAAGGUUCAUCACUGACAUUGCUAGGAAACAACAAACCUAGUACAGUCCCAAUUAGUUUCCCAGGAAAGGUCAAAGUGUUCUCCAUUUUGGCUGGAAAUAAAAAAAGCUGUCAGAAGGAAUUUUUUGACAUUCUGAGAAACCGAACUGAGAAUCUGGAGGAAGCUCAUACAGUGGACGAGAGUGAUGUUGUUCUAGUUUUCUGUCCUAUUGUUUAUCAUGCUGGAGCUGAUAUUGAUGCAGCACUGAACAAUUUAACUUACACUACAGGUUCUAAGCUGACUGUUCUAGUGGUGCUUCAUCACACGUUUGACCCAGAGAAAAGGGUCCCAGACAGCAGCAGAUAUGUCAACAGGACAGACAUACUCACAGUGGACUGUCUGUUCUAUGAGGAUACAGGAUUACUGGAGUGUCAGAAGAAUUCAGAUGCAUAUGACAAAACUGUGAACUGGUUAAUACAGCAGGGGGCAGAAAUAGGCUUCAGAAUAUCACCAUAUCAGCGCCAUUCAUUUAGCUUUCCAAGCUUUACAUUUUCAUCUUGGAGAAAGUGACCUAUAUGGCGGGUAGCAGAAUGACACUGAGGAUCGCUCAUCAACCAUUCAGAAAGAUCCUGUGACAACUACAUACCUCGACUCUUCACAGUUGAGAUCUACUGUAGUUUGUGUCUAUCAAAUAAAAAUAUUUUCAGAUAGUGCUUUAAAAAUGCAAUAAUGUAAUCAGCUAAUUAUUAUCCAGUUUAUUCCAGCCACAGUAAACUUAAAAAAUAUGUAAUUUUUCUCAGAGGACUUUGUUUGAUUGACUAUGGCAUCUGCUUGAAUUGUAUUCACAGAAGCCUAGCAUGUUGACAGGCUUUACAAACCAUUAUACAGAAUAAUUCUAUUGGCUACUAAUGUAUGCAAAUAAAUGACCUGACAAUGUAUACAAAGUAAAUUCUCAUUGCUGCAUGACAAAGCCCAUGUAUGAUAAUAAACUAAUGUUCAGUUAUUCUGUCUAAUUCCUAACAUUAAUGCAGAGGCCAAUAUAACUACGUAAUCAAUUAACCAAGUUUCUGUGUAUUUAAUUAAGAGAUUUUCAAUGUAUUGUUUCUGUGCUGGUGUAAAUGAAUCAUACUAUAUUUCAUCUGCAUGAUUUAUUGAUAGAUUUUGUCUGCUACUGUGCUUUUACUCCAAAUCUUAUCCUGUCAAAAGAAAAAUACUUAUAAUUACAAAUCAUAUUAAAUUUUGUGUAAA